AUGAUCAGACGUACGUGUCUCACGUUGCUCAGUACCAUACGUGUAGUUAGAGUAGAAGCACGAACAGUAACACAAUCUAAUAAAAGAUUGUUGCUUAGGAAUAAUUUCCUGACUUCAACAACACGUUUUUCAUUUAGUGCAGCUGUGCAAAAAGAAGGAGCGAACGAAACAUCGAGUUUCUCCUUAAAAGAUAAAAAUACAAGAUUAACAAGUGCUGGAUUUCUCACAAAAGUAAAAGAAUCGAUUGGCGCCUCAGAAACUGAAGAAGACUUUGUGAUACCUCGACCUGCGUUUGAUGCUCUCGCUACUGAAUAUGAUAUAUUGUUAGAAGAAGUAGCUACUUUCAAGGAUAAAUACACUCGAGCAUUAGCUGAAGUCGAAAAUGUUCGUCGUCGUGGACAAAAGCAAACAGAAGAAGCGAAAGUAUUUGCUAUCCAAGGAUUUUGCAAAGAUUUACUUGAGGUAGCAGAUAUUCUUGAUCUCGCGGUGGCCGCAGUAAAGAAAGAAGAAUUGGAUAAUAAUACUUCUUUAAAAAAUUUAUUCGAAGGACUGGAAAUGACGAGAACAGUGUUGCAGAAAACAUUCGUUAAGCAUGGAUUGAAACAAAUUUCUCCAGAGGGUGAAAAAUUCGAUCCUACAUUGCACGAAGCUGUUUUUCAAAUACCAAAAGAUAAAACAAAAUUCGAGUCUGGAUGCGUAGCACAAGUAAUAAAAAUAGGUUACGCUUUAGAAAAUCGGCCUAUUCGUGCAGCAAAAGUGGGUGUUGUACAGUAA